CCUGGUACGAGUGAUAGAUUUUAGUUGAGUAUUGCUACAGACAGCAAAGCUAGAUGACAUAAUAUUUCGGUGUUAAUUUGACGUGGACUAUUUUUUCUUGACCGAAACUAUUAUCGUUGACGCUCAGAGUAUUCUAGAACAGACUAGAUAAAGCUGUGAAGAAAUAUAUGUUCAGACUUGAAAUGCCUAGAACGAUACAAACCUGGUCCAGCAGCUAUUACAAACCAACGUCAGUUUUGAGAAGUUCCGGUCAAAGAAGAGAAGUUUAGAUCUCCUCUGAACGUCACAAAAAGCACAAGAUUCAUCGUCAGGCCAUUCCAGGCCCAUUUUUAAGUACCGAAAUCAAUAUACUAUAGCUAUUAUGAUGAAUGAGGCCAAUUACAAAAUACAUAAAGCGUGUGAGCGCUGCAAUAUAAAGAUUUGGGUUGUUGAGCGGUUGAAUAUUUGACCAAAGCAGUAUGUAAUGUGGUGUUUAGUAGGAGAAUUAUGUGGGUAUUUUAGAAUCUAUAUCUUUUGGAUUUAACGUUAGAAGUUAAGGAAAAUCCAUUGAAAAUUUUUGCUAUUUGUUUUUAAAUCAUUUGAUGUAAUCGUAACUAUUCAUGAGGCGUAUUCAAUAAAAUUUAGACUUCUGAUGAGAAGGAUUUGGGUUUUGUUCAAUACCAUAUGCUGCAUAUGGCGGUUUUGCUGUUCAUUAGAUGAUGUAGUCUUUUGUAGUGUUCUGCCAGUACUUGGUCUUCCCUUGAACAGUGCAGUGAGUGCACAGUGCACGCUCGCACAUUAGUAAUUGAACGUCUGUGGGAGUGAGUGGUUGAGACUGGCUGUGAUUUUCUGUGACGAAUCUUCGCGGAAAUCGUCUCAUCCUUUCGAUUGUUCAUUUGAUUGGUGCUGUCUGGUGUCAGUGCUGGUCUCUUAUUAGUUUGUUAUAACUAACUACUAUUCUUUAUUGAAGCUUGGUGCCUGUCACUCACAACUUGGAUUGGACUGUGAGAAGCUGGGAUCAUGGCACAAUAUUCUGAACAGCUCUUCCUGGCUCCUCAUGCGUCGGGAGUUUACAACGUUGCUCUUGCUCACCAUAACAAUCAAGCUCUCGCUUCUCACAGGCCUCCUUUGUACUCUUUAGGAUCAUACUCGGCUUCAAAUGCUCAGCUAGCACCAACAAAUAUAAAUAACUAUCAGAAUUUAUUACAAUACCAACAAAAUGCUACUGCUGCAACUCAUUAUCAAAAUAAUACCACUGCCCUUAUACCCUAUGCUAAUGCACAGCAGAUGGCUGGCAUCCGCACUUUUGAGGAGUUGCAGAACUCGGAAGAGUUUGACCGAAGGUCCCGUAAGAUGAUCAAUACUAUUCCUUCCCACCCAAUUUUGCCUUUUCCCUCGAUGCAAGAUGAUAGAAAGUAUAGCUACAAAUUAGCUGACAUGAAAGAAAUUUUUAUGUGGUACACUGCAAGACAGCAAGCUGUUUCAAGAGCUUUUGGACACAGAGCUAUUGUAGAAAACCUAAUAAUAUAUCUUGAAGGUCUAAAGGUCACCUACAGAGACAAAGAUAUAUCCAUUAAAGAAUGCGUGAACUGGGCUGGUGUUCUUGACACUGAUGGUGGGCCUCGACCUGAUGAAGCUUUUCGUGAUAGUUUGAACAUAAAGAUGGAAGCAGAUACCAAAAUAACUUGCCCAUUCAUCAUAGACACCGUGGUGAACUUUCUACAUACUGGCACUCUGGGGAGCCUGUGUAUGAUGGAGACUAUCUCUUCAUACUUCAUUCCAGUUCAUAAUGGCAGUGGCCUGUCAAAAAGUGAAAUUUAUCAAGAUGCCUCUCAGCUCACUGACAAGGGAGUUGGAUAUAAGAAGGUUGUAGGUGGCUAUGCUCCAGGAGAGUGUGGAACCCUGACAAUACACCAAGAUGGCUCCUAUUCUCUAAAGGCCUAUGGAAUCAUACUUGUAGUUGGUAUAGACUUUGUAGCAAUGACUUGCAAGCCUGUCACAAUUGAGCGUCUUACCACAUCCUCUAUUCGCCUACUGCAUCCUCGUGGCCAGUACAACCUUCCCAAGCAUGUCCUGAGAUAUCCUAAUCGUCCUGUCGCAUCUGAUCUUACUUUGCCAAGCACUCCGAUGAAAGGCACGGAGACUCCGCAUGGCACCAUGGUCUUCAUGCGCCGUGACCAUCUCAUCUGAUCUGCUAACUAUAUGUUCUUAGUCAUCUAAAUAAAAUCGUGAUGUCUCAUAAAUCAAAUAGAACUAAAUGCUUCCACAAUGAAAAAUAAUUUUCUAUUUUUCAGCAUGUAAAAAAUAAGGAAAUAUGGAAAGCACAGUGGAUAAAGAAUAUAAUUUUGAUUACCACACAAUAUAAAUUGUAUACUACUGUAAUACUCUUUGUAUACUACAUUAGCAUAAUAGUCUUGCUUCAGGUAGCAUAAGUUAAUAUUGUUUAAUACCUGUCUGAUUAAUUUUUAAGAGAAGUAGUAGGCAGUAAACGGGGAAUAUGUAUUUUCAGUGCAUAUACUUUACAACGCCACAGCACAAUCUGAAAUUUCUGACAUCAACUGAUGUUCGAGCGAUUUUGCUGUGUUUCAGGUGCUAUCCUUGCUUUCUUAGACAUCUUAGUCAUUUUAUGGCUGUGUUGGAGUGUCUUCUGUUGUAGGGCCAAGUAUUGGAAAUCAGCUGAAUUUCACAUCUAGCCAGCCUUUAGUCAUGAAUUUAAAAGCUAAUCAUUUCACGAUUUCAACUUUCAUUUAGAUUAAUUCUCAUCAAGAAACUUGGAUCAUCAUGACAUAUUUAGAGAUCUGGCGCCAUGACUGAUGAACAUAUUGUGAAUGAACACAACUUUUAGUUAACUUUUAAUGUUUUGUAUAGGGAGUGGUGCAUUUGUACCACGGUUAAACUUUGCAAAUGUGAUGUGCCCGUUGAAUCUGUCUGUUAAGAUUUGCUGGGUUUCUGCUGUGCAGAGCUAGAAUUACUCGGUAUACUUGCCUCCCAACAGGAUCUGUGUAAUUUUAAUUGACUAUUUUUCAAAAUAUAAUUAAAAAAUACCUAGUACUGCUCGUGAACAGAUUUGACAAUGUAGUUAGUAUCCUGGAAUGUUUCAUUGUAUCAGGUGAUCAUUUUCAUAUUCUGGAAAUUGCUUAUUUAUUUUGAAAACAAAUUUAAUCAUGUUAGUGAUUCGACUCUAGAUUGUAAUGAUGAAGGCUGCUAAUAUGCAUUGCUGAGACUUAUUGCUUCAACUUUCUAUCCUGCCUGUCUAGCACACCUAACUGUGAAGCCAGAAGUUAAAUAAUUUUAGUGUGAUGUAAAUUUUGAUGCAGACGAGUACGGCAUACUUGACUUAUAUUUUGCCUCGCUUUCAUUGCAGUCAAUGUAGUGCUUUCUAUUGUUAAUUGCCUGUAAAUUGUGUGUUGCAUUGAACUUAAUAUAUGAAAAAAGCUAUCUUUAGUUUCAAGAAAGAACCGAACUACGUUGUUUCGUGCGCUUCAACUUACUGUGGAAAAUCCACCAAAGGUUUUCCCGUGUAAUCUUCUACUUGUCGGCAUAGAUUUCUAAGCCUUUUAAAGGUGAAAAUAUUCAGUACAAUUUUUGAAUGUCCAGUGUUGUUGCCUAGCACCUGAAAGUCAACCGAGAACUGAAAAAUCGAGUUGUACUUACUUUGAACUUGCAGUAAUUUCAGUAAAAUUUUGUUUUUACUUUAUACUGGGAGUUAAUAAUUGCGCAUCCUGUUGUAAUUAUUUCUAUUCUGGUGCCGAUGCGACCACUCGAGCUGCAGUUGACGACAUAGCGGAGAUGUUCUGGAGGGAAGAUUCUGUUGCAGUCUCAGUAACUGCAGGGAAGUAGAGGCUCUAGAAUUGCUGAAUUGCUAUUGCAUGCAGUUAUGAAGCCGCUUUAGUUGGCUACCAUUCAGUAAAUUCAAUCUUGAGCAUUACUGGGGUUGUUAACAUUUCACCUUGAUCUAUGAAACUAAUUCAUAUUUCCAUUCUUUCAACGCAUAUUUUUGCUUGUAAAAUUUGCUUCUACUUCCCUCAGUCAUUUUUCUAUGGAUUCACCUACUGUGCCUGUCACGUCGCGACUGGCUGUGAUUAAUUCUAGUUAUGUAUUGUAUAAGUGUGAAGACUUACCCGUAUACCCGUAUAUUUUGUGUACAUUACCCUGUGUAGUUAGUUAUUGUAGCUUUAACCAAGUGAUCAUACGAAGGUGCUGGCAUGUGAGAUAGUGAACAUGUCAAUGCUCUUUGCUAUGUCUUCCACGUAGUCAGGAAUUCUUCCAACAUCUGCCGUUGCAGUUCUAGCAAGUUAAGCUUAAAAGGUUCGUUGUUGAGCAUAGUGUGUGGACGACCAAUGGAUACUUCUUGAAGAAUUGUUGCAUUGCAAUCCGCAAAACGCUGUUCCAAAAUUAUUUGAAAACAACUAUUUCUCUAAAAAAAUUGAGUACUAAGAUUGUGGCAUAAAUGUCCUUCUGUUCAGAAUUCAGCUCAUGACUUUUAUUGUUAAAUUGUAGGUAAUUUUUAAAAUAUAAAUUGCAGUUUGAUUUCAAUGAGCGUUUUCCGCCUUAAUUUAUUCUUUAGUAAUUAAUGUUGUUUGUAAACAGCUCAAACGCAGGCCGCUGAGGAGCCCUUCUUUUGUUUGUGUCCUAUUUUUGUGUUGUAACCGAUUUAUUCAUUUUGCUCGCAUUCCAUUAUGUAUUACUCAGGCAAAAUUGUGCCUUCAAUGUCUGAAAGACGUCACGUUACAUUUCGCUUAUACGUCGUUGCUUUUCCUCGAGGACUCAACACUGGCCUGCCGGUAAAUGGGUGCCUACACCGGCUCGGGGGCCCAUACUAUCAAUAAUUGUUAGGAGUUCGGUACUCUGGCCGCCAGUUACUGACAGAUUUUUAAGCUGAACCCACUUACCAGAUACGAAAUCGGCCACUUCGUUUACUGAGGCUGUAACGUGUAUAUAUAUACUUCAGCAAGUUUUUAAAAUAAGACUUCGGGAAACUGUUAUCCCAUUAUUUACUUUAGGCAGCUCUCGUUGCCAGGCCUUUAUGUGGAAAUAACAUUGAUUUUAAUGGUUUUGAAGCCACAAGGUUCAUCAUUCUUAUUCAAGCUGGUUCCUGCUAAAUAUGUUGCUGUGUACCAUAAUGGCAAACAGAAACUUUUUAUUGCCUGUUCCUCUUUCUAUUAUAUGAUGGACUUCAAUAUUUUAUUAUCUAUCUUAUGUAUGACAAUGCUACUAUCUAUGAUACUUAAUUGGUUAACUCAUAGGACUGAGAAGGAAGUGCAACUAAAAUGUCUCUCUUAUGUGUACUCUAUUUUUAUUUCCGCGUCUGUGAAUGUGUGGUUGUCUACUUCUGGAACAUACUCAGUAGACUUAUUCAUUUAUCUCAGGAGUAUGAAAAUGUGACGUGUUUCUCCAAGUAACCUCUAGUUUUUAAUGCAGUAAAUCACUUGAUAUUCCUAAACGUAUUUCUGAACUGAAGCUUCAUGAAACCUAAAAUGGGCUACGUAUUUUUUUAUGAUUAUCACCAUUGUUGCUUAUACAAAAUUCAGCGUCAGCCUGCAUAGGCAAAGUUUUCUAGAGUCGAUCCAACAAUAUUUUCAAUUUUUAAUGUCGAAGUAAGAUGCAAUCUCAAGACUAGAAGGUGUAAUGGAUUAUAGUAGCUUCAUGUUUCGUAGCCUAAUUAUGGUAUAAAGUCUGCGUAUGGACUCCAGACUCCACCCAUGCCCACUCCAUUUGCGUUCUGUUUUUGGUCCCUUAUAAACUAGUUAGUUUACUAAAGUUAUUGUUCAAAAUAUUAUAUCAAAUGAACGAUGCAAAAUUUAAUUUUGCGUCAUCUUUUCGAUAUUUAAUGCGACUUUUGUACAGCGAAAUUUUGUGACGUCGUAUUUUUAUGGUAAUUUGUUCUGCUGUCUAUUCCUCGACUAUAUUCUUAUUCAACCACGUGUUUUUAUGUUGGGUAUCUUACAGACAUUUUCUAUAGGAUGUCAAGUUAAUGUUUUCUUGUUCAUUCUAAGUUGUUAGGAAGAUAUUUGUUCAUUGACUUCGAGUCUUAAUUAACUUUUUGUUGAACCAAAAUGAAACGGUCAUAUUUUACUAGCCCUCAUUUGACGUUCUGGCGAUGGAAAGCGUAUAUACACACAAUCCAGAGCUCAUUCAUGCCAUUAAACUUGUGUGUUUUAUCACAAGAGGGAACUGAAGUAAAUUUACAUUGUAAUUAUGUUUGUGAGAUGCACGUUGACUAAGCCUCCGUUCAUAUUUAACCUCUUUUUGUUACACUUUGGUGCACCGUAUUAUUGCGAGUUGAAGUGCUUGUAAAUAUCUUAUAGCGGCUGGAAACUUGAGGCACAUGAAUAGGUAUCGCCUCAGUCUAUGAAAUUUGUAGUACACUUCAUUUAUAGUCUUGGUCUACUUGUACUAGACUAGCCUUCAACGCAUCAUCAGUCAUUUAAAGUCGUGGUCUACUUGUACUAGACUAGCCUUCACGCAUCAUCAGUCAUUUAAAGUCGUGGUCUACUUGUACUAGACUAGCCUUCCAAAUACAGCUCGUAUCGUUGCCGCGUUGGCAUCAGGUAGCGAUUUGUCUUGGUAAAUUGUCAAGAUCUCUUUCUGCUGUCGCCUCACUGACGUGUCAUUUAAAUCCAGUAGAAUAGCUUCUGAUAUUGAAUUAAAUUAUCUGCCCUGAAAUAAUUGACUGGAUUAAGUUCUGAUCGCGCAAUCAGAUUUGGUCUGAAUUUCAGAAAUCAUAUGUGCUUUACAUUGAUAUUCCGAAUUCAAUUUUUUAUCGUGUUCUCCCCUCAGGGGGGACUUCAGACGUGUAUCUGUGCUCGUCGGAAGCUCCAUGGGGAUUUCGCGCUCCUAGGGAGAUUUGAGCGCCCCC